AUGGCGACGAUGCUUCAGCGCACCGACGACGACCCGUCGGCGGCGGAGAGGGUGCGGUGGAACAGGCGCUCCAUCUACCGAGUGCCGGAGGGGAUGAAGGAGCAGACCAAGAGCGAGGCGUACCGGCCGCUGUUCGUGUCGCUGGGCCCCUUCCACCACGGCGACCCACGGCUGGUGCCGAUGGAGGAACACAAGCGCCGGGCGGUGCUGCACCUGGUGAGGCGGGCCGGGAGGCCGCUCAGGGACUUCGUCGCCGCGAUGGAGGCGGUGGCGGACGAGCUGCUGGACGCCUACGGCGACCUGGGCGAGCAAUGGCUUGGCGGCAGCGGCACGGACUGCUUCCUGGAGGUCAUGCUCGCCGACGGAUGCUUCCUUCUGGAGAUGAUGAGGACGCGCGAGCGCGUGCUCCGGGGCGAGACGUUGGAGGACUACGCGCCCAACGACCCCGUCUUCAGCAUCCAUGGCUUUUAUUUUCUGCGUCCGGAAAUCCAGUCCGACCUUCUCCUGAUGGAGAACCAGCUGCCUCUGCUCGUGUUGCAGAGGAUUUUGGUUGUGCAGCACGGCAUCUCAUCGCCGAGCGCUGAAGAUAUCAACAAAAUGGUGCUCCAUUUUCUGGAACUGGAAUGGCCGCUCCACGCAGACAUGGACACUCUGGGUCUCCACCCCUUGGACUUGGUUCACAAGAGCAGCCGUGAACCUCCUCCGACCCUUAGCGAUCUGGCGGAUGAGUGGGAGGCGGACACCGCCAUGCCUUGUGCAGCAGAGCUCAGCGACGCAGGGAUCCGUUUCAAGGAGAGCAAAACCAAGAGCAUCGACUUCAGAAAUGGCGUGCUAAGAAUGCCGAUCGUCAGGGUCUACGAUGGAACCGACAAGACCUUCCUCAACCUAAUGGCGUUCGAGCGGCUGCACGUCUUCGCCGGGCACGACGUGACGGACUAUGUGCUCUUCAUGGACAGCAUCAUCAGCUCUGAAAGAGACGUGGCGCUGCUGAGAUCCAAAGGGCUCGUCAAGAGCGGGCUGGGCAGCGACAGAGAGGUGGCGGAGCUGUUCAAUACGAUCUCCAAGGGAGCGGUGAUGAGCCCGUUCUGCAGGCUGUUGGAUGUGCAGCGGAAGAUGAACGACCACUGCAGGAAGCCAAUGAACAGGUGGCGGGCGACCUUCGAACACACCUACCUAAGCAACCCCUGCGUGUUCAUCUCGCUCCUCGCUGCUAUUGUUGUGCUCGUUGGCACCGUGCUGCAAGUUGUCUAUGCUGCCGUGUCCUACUACGACAACAGAUAG